GCUGCUGCGGGGCGGCAUGUCCCAUCGCUGCCGUGUGCGGUGUGUCCCCAGGGCAGCAGAGCGGAGACCUACCGUGAGCUGGAGAGCGUCUUGUGGGGCGACGAGAGCCAUCUGCAGAGCUCUGAGGUGGACAGAGUGAUAGCAGUGGCGUUGGAGGACCUGCGAGCGGCCCAGGGUGGGACGGCCUCCGUGAGGACGGCGGCUAGUGAUGUCCUGGUGGCGCUGGCCCGCUCCCACUUGUGCGACGUGGUGUCGGCGCUGCAGGGCCACCUGAAGGCCCUGGAGGAGACGUCGGAGGAGUUUGUCCUCAUCACCCUGCGCAACCUCGCCACACGCUACGCCCUGCAGUGCGUGCCCUUCGCGGCAACGACACUGUCAGCCCUGCGCGGCGUGCUGAGCGAGGUGGGGAGCGGCCGGAUGCUGUGCGCCGUCUGCGGCGUUCUGGAGCAGUGGUGCAGCGGCAUAAGCAUGUACUUCCGCGAGGGGGAGAAAGGUGCCUUCCCUCGCCUGGGGCCUGCCCAGCUCUGUGCCCACGUUUACCCGCUCUUCUGCUACGUGAGCAGAAAGCGGCGGUGCUGCGAGGAGGAAGAGGUCAAGCAGGCUGUGCUCAGGGCGAUGGGUGCCAUGAUGGGUGUCCUCCUGCACGUGGAGGAGCACCGUGAGCACGCCUGGGAGCAUCUCCUCUGGCUGCUGCACCAGUAUCGGGAAGUCUGGGACCCCUUUGGGGUGACCGUGAGUCUCGGCUAUUUCCUGGGGGCUGUGGCAGACAUUCAGACCCGCGUGCCCCGGGCCAGGCAUCUGGCCAUCGCCACUGCUGUGCACCAGCAGCUCUGCGAUGAGAUGGAGCCGCCCAGCCCAGAGCACAGAGCAGAGCUGUGCCGCUGCAUGGUGCUGCAGGCCCGAAUUUGCCCGGAGGAGACCAUCGAGUUCCUCUACUACAAGCUGAGGAACGGGAGCAAGGCCGAUCGCGUGGCAGCCGUGGCAGUGCUGCAAGCUCUGGUCCGCUCUGACGCCCCGGACACGAGGGAGAAGCUGCCCCUCUUUGCGAAGCUGGUGCAGUCUGUGUGCCAUGACCCCGCAGCCCAGUUGAGGAGGGCAGUGCUGCAUUUCAUUGGGGAGCUGCUGCGCUCCAGUGCCCUGGGCUGCUCGGCGUGGGACGUGGUGGGGCACCUCUUCAGCGAGUUCAGCCGGGCCUCGGGCAGACUGGCAAUGGGAAACCUUAGCAUGGUGGAAGCGCGGGAAGAAAGGGCUGUUCAGAGCCUGUGCGCCCACGUGCUGGGCACGCUGGAUGUCUCUGCCGGAGCGGUGGCCAAACUCCUGUGGCCAAAGCUGCUGUGGUACGUGGUGCCAGCCAAGUACACGGGCAUGAUGGUCCCGCUCUGCCGCUGCCUGCGCAGCCUGGCCGAGAGACGGGACAGGGCAGAGCAGGAGCAAGAGGAGGCAGCGCCUGAGGCCCUGGAGUCUGAGGAGCCAGCCGCUCUGCCAGCUCCCCAGGCCCUGCUGGCUCGCCUGCUGGUGGUGGCGGCAGUGGCUCCACACGCGGGCGGUGGCCGUGGAGCCGCGGCCCUGCAGCUGCUGCAGGCGCUCCCCGGCACGAUCCACGGAGCCGUGGGGGCGAAGUGGGCCGCAGACAUCCCCCUGCUGCUGCAGCACCUGGCAGGAACAACAGCGAGCUCCCUGGACGUGGCCGAGUGGGAGAGCCUUCUGCUGAAGUUCCUGCAAACCUCUCUGGAGCUCAUUGCGAGCGAGGCCUGGACCGUGGGCCUGAGCCAGGAGCUGAGCCGGCAGCUGGGCAGCUCUCCCCGCCUGUCCUGGGAGAAGCGGUUCCUGUACAAGGCUCUCGGCACGGCCCUGGCAGCUUGUGGGUGUCUCCACCACGUGCAAGAACAGACCUUGGAGCACCUGAAAGCAGCCAACUUCCUGGAGCUGUGGCAGGCGCAGGGCAUGGUUUCAGUUGUGUCCCGCUGUGCCGAGAGCCACUUCCAGCUGGCCUUGUCCUUGGUGAAGGAGUUCACGGGGACUUUGAAACGCAAGAAGAGCAAGGCAAGAAGGACCCGUGCUACUCGCGCUGCGCUGCUGGUGAUGUACGGCCGGAUGGCGCUGCGCGCCCCCAGGGAGCAGCUGCUCGCCCGUGUCGAGAGAGACGUGGUGGCGAAUGUCCUGCAGCUCUACCGAGAGGGCUGCCAGGAUGCGCAGCUGAAGCUCUCCCUGGUGCAGAGCGUCACCGAGAUCAGCCUUGCCAUCCAGGCUGCAGGCGCCGGCCCCAGGUUUGAGCUCUGCUGCAAGCGGGAGCUGCUGCAGACCCUGCUGGAGGUGAUUCAGGAAGAGCCCCAGGAGUCCCCGGUGCACCCCCGGGCCCUCGUGGCCAUGCAGCAGUUGAGCAAGCUGAAGCCCCGUCUGAGCAGGGAGGAAAACCGCCACCUCCUGGCUCAGUGCUGCCAGGGCAUCGUGUGCCUUCGUCGCCCGGAGCAGAUGGAAAGGAGAGGGCAGACGGCGGUGGCUGCUUCAUGCUCACCGGGUGUGCAGGCGCUGUCCCUGCGAGCGCUGGGCCAGCUCAUGGGAGCCCUUCUGUGGGCAGAGCUGGCCCCCAUCCGCUUCGAGGACAUGGUGCAGGUCCUGCGGCGCUGGCUCACCUCGGCCCACGCAUGCGAGCGGGAGAGGGCCCUGCAGGUGUGCGUGCAGGUGCUGGGCUCUUAUGAAGAGAGAUGCGAGCACAGGGUGAGCGGGGACCCCAUGCACAGGGAGCUCUGUCGAGGCCGCGCCUGCGAGUGGUUCGGCUCCCUGGCGGGACUGCUGGGGCCUCUGACGUGCGACACGUCGGCCGCGUCCCGCUGGUGGGCAGUGACCUGCCUCGGCCACCUGCUCCGAACAGGAGCCGAGAACACAGACGUGGCGCCCUGGACCAACGAGAUCGGGCGCCUGCCGGUGGACGCUUACCUUCCUGGGGGAUUGCGGAGAGCAAAUAUUCCAGGAGGAGGUGCCCAAACUCGUGCACCUCCUUUACACCUGCCUGCGGAGCACCCGGCAGAGCGCUCGCAGGUGCUUUGUGCUGCGGGCCGUGUUCCUCCUGGCCCACUCUCACCCACAGCCGGUGCUCGACAGCCUCCUCCAGGCGUGCCCGCCCACGGACAGAUCACCCACGCCCUCUGCGAGGUGGUGUCAGUGCUGCAGAGGAAGACACUGGUCCAGCGCCUGCUUCCCUACCUGCUUCCCGGCCUUCUGAGGCAGGUCAGCGAGACGCUGGGGGAGGAGCUGGCACCGUCCAUUGGGGACCUGGAGAGCGCUGACAUGCCGGGCAGCCUUUUUGUGGCGGCAUUGGAGCUGGUGCUGGCGAGGUGCCUGGACAAUCGGUGGCUGCGGCUGCUCCGGGAGCAGGGAGCGUGGGCGUCCCUGGCAGAGCCCCGGGCUCACAGCACCGGCGUGUGUCUCCUGGCGAGCAUGCUGCUCCGCGCAGAGCUCGUCCCACAGCGCCUGCUGCAGAGCCUCUUCCCCUGGCUGGAUUCGCCCUCCGCCAACCUGCGGCUCACGGCCACAGCUUUCUUUGCCGAGCUGAUGAAGGACAAGCUAGUGGAGGAGAGGAAGCUGCUGAAGCCGCUCCUAGAGGCCUUGGGGGAGAGAGCGCGCGACCCCGUCAGCACCGUGCGGCAGAUGGCCGUGAGAGGUCUGGGCAACGCGGCCAGCGGAGCACCCGCGAAGCUGCGGAGGCACGGGGCGGCCGUGGUGUCGGUGCUGCUCAGAGGCCUGGAGGACGCGGCCAGCACAGAGGUGGCUGCCGAGAGCCUGCUGGUGCUGGCGAAGGUGCUGGGGCUGCUGGAGGCGAGGGCCGUGGGCUCUGCCUUUGAAGAGAUCACCAGGGCCAGCCGGGCGUUCUGGGGGGCGGAGGAAGAGGUGCUGCGCUGCUCGGCCUUCGUCCUCUAUGGCACCCUGGCCUCCUCUGCUUCAGGGAGGAGGUCGUUUUUCAGCAGAGAGGUGGAGGCGGCAUUUCCCAGCCUGGUGCUGCACCUCGGGGACCCGGCCCCAGCCGUCUGCAGCGCAUGCAAGGUCUCCCUGCACCUGUGCGCCCCGUUUCUGGGGUCGAAGAGGGUGCGGCAGCGCAUUGCUGCGGGCAUCGGGCUGAGCGCGGCCGAGCUGCAGGAUGAGAUCUGCAGGCACCUGGCCCAAGACUGCCCCACGCUGCUGGAGAGGCUCUGGAGCACAGCCCGGAGCUGCUGCAUGGGGAGCUGCGUGGCGCCGCAGGCGGCAGCCGUCCACGUCCUGGGCCUCCUCCUGGACACAGUGCCGACCGCGUGGCUGCAGCAGCAGGACCUGGCGUUCCUGUCGGGAGGUAGGUGCUGGUGGCUGCACUGCUGCCCCGCGGGCCAAGGAGGCGUCUGGAGGCCCCGCGGGCGCCAACAGCUGGGGCCCUGCCACCCCCCAGAUGUGGCCUUGGUGCAGUGUGGCGCUGCCUGGGGACACAGGGGAGUGGAGAGAGCGGGGUGA